CUUAAAACAUGCGAGUUGAGCAGACAACUAUAAACACGUUUAUUAUUUAUAAUAGACAUAAUGUAUAUGAAUGUAUCUUUCGUACAAUGAUCUGUCAGUAAAUAAAAUGUUCACUUACUUUAAACAAUGAAUGUGUUUGUAAAGAACUGUUCAACUACUUCACCCUUAUUUGGAUUUUUCUCUAUAUUUAGUAACCAGGAAUAACCGAAUAAGUUUAAUCCCCAUUAUCAAUAACUAGUUAUCUCAUAAUGUUAUGGGUAGAACGUUUUUUGAGGAGGUGGAGAAUGGGAGGGUGGGGGCUGCCAGCUUUGACGCAGAGGACUGGGCUGGUGAUUGGAAGGAGACAACAUAAUAUACUCUGCACCGUGCCCCCAUGUUUUCCCCAACCCACAGCUUUUACGCUCAGAAUAUCGAAAAUUUAUUGUACCAGACAUCAAAUAUGGAUAGAACAGACAGCCGGGCGCUAUAUGAGAUGAAACUGACCUCGGGAAUGGCUUUCAUCUAUGGACCGGAAGGAAGAAAAGCGCAUGCACAGGCCAUCGAGUAUGAUAAAGACAAAUCUUACCGAAUGGUUGUGAAUAUUGUUGGCAAAGUCGGACAGGGUAAAACAAGUUUAAGACGUUUAUUAGUCGGUGAAGAAUUCAAUGAACGCGAGGAAAGUACUGUCGGCAUUGAGCAUGAACUAGUAGAAACGCUGGGCACAUCUCCUACAACAUCGAGCUUUUGGUCCAAAAUAGACUUACAAAAAGCGAAUGUUGAGGAGUGCGAUUUAAUUGUUGGUAAACAUGUACGUCAAAGAUUAAAGAGGAACGAGAAAGGCGAAAAAUACAAGGCAGAAAUAAAAUCUUUUCUAAAAGCAACGCUAUUGACAUAUGUUAUGUUGUUUUUGUAUUUCAAUUUAGCAGAAACUGUGACAUUUUCAGAUAUUCCAUGGUUUCCGUUCAUGCUCAUCGUGUCGCUAUUGUUCUCAGGUAUGGUACUGUUUGACACCAUGAGGGAUGGGUUUGGAAUGGCUGUUGGUGUUAUGUUUCUUGUGCUGUACUGUGAAUCCUUAAUACGUUCAAAGUCGUAUGAAGUCUAUGCUGAAAUGAAAGAGAAUACAUGCCUAAUAUGGUCAAUAAUUUACACAUUCUUUGCAUACGCCGCAAUCCACGCGGGCAUUGGCUUCUGUAUGGGUUUGUCAAUGGCCAUGGGAUUCUGCUUUGCCUUAAGCGCAAUGAAACCUCCAUGGAACGACCAUCAGCUCGAGUAUAACGUCUUUCUUGAGCCACAUAUGCAUUUGUUUUCCAUGGCGGUGCUUGCUGGCAUAUGGACCAUUCGUCAUCCCAAACUGGUAGGAUUAAUUUUUGUUUCACUGGCGAUCAUUGCACACUUCAUUCCAAUAACAUAUGUUUACUGUAUUAUAAGUGGCAUAGGUGUUGGUUUUUCUCAUGCUUUCUCCAUUAAAGUUGGAUUCGAUACAUAUGUGAAACUCUUCAACCCUUUCUUGAAAACUUUAGCUAGUGAUAGAAGAAGCCGGCGACUCAUUUGCUACGUUCUAGGUAUAAUACCUGGUUUUUACAUCACCUAUAUUCUAGGAUGGCAGAAACCAGAGCGUCCACUUCUGUACGCGAUAUGUGGAACCUUUGUAGUUGUAUUUGUGGAAAUCUGUCAUUGCUUGCUCGAAGGAAAGACGGACGCUGCACCUAAACCAGCCAUCAAAGACGCAACGAAAGUUCUAAACGCAACACGUGCAGCCAGGUUAAAACUCGUGAUCCGGGAUUUUGCCGGACAUCCGCUGUAUCACUCCAUACACCAUAUCUAUAUGAUGGGGCAUUGUAUUUACAUUAUUUGUUUUAACAUUGCCGAAGCUAAAAGAAAUUUCAGAGUGGCUUUUGCUGAAAUCUUGUACUGGCUUCAGUCCAUCUUUGUUCAUGAUCGGUAUCCUAGUGUACGGGUUUUUAUAGUUGGCACACACCGAGAUGAUAACUCAUUAAGUAAAGAGGAUACAGAUUCUAUAAGCGAUUCUAUAAUGACAAAACUUCCGAGACAGUUCCAUAAUAUGAUUGUCUGGAAUAAACACACGGACAAGCCUGUAUUUCUGGUGGAAAAUUCGUCACGGAGCGAGAAAGACAGGGAUCAUUUAUUUCUCCGCGAGCAGCUCUCUCAGCUGGCGGAUAGUGAUAUGAAACCAACUUAUCCAAUCAAAUAUCUGUAUUUCUACAGGGUAAUUAACGAAUGUCGUCAGCACGGGAAACUGAUCGAAACUUUGGAAAAUAUAUUGAGUCUGUGUAAAGAACAGGAAUGUAUACUUAGCAAGGCAGGAGAGCUGGAAGAUAUGUUGACCUACUUUCAUGAAUGUGGAGAAACAAUUUACAAUUCAUAUGACAAUAACCAAAAUCAGUUAGUGGUUCUGGACCCAAAAGCUUUAGUCGAUAUAAUGAUAGGUCUUGUUCGAGCUCCACCGCGGGCCGAGAGAAAAGCCGAGUUUUUACUGGCCUGGCAAACUGUUGCCGAUCUAGGUAUUGCAUCAAAGAAACUGCUCCAUCAUAUCAUAAAGAACUGCCGCUUAGUCAGUGAGGGAGUUAGUAUUCACGCGGUUAUUCAGCUGCUCGAGUAUCUUGAUCUCGUGUGUAAAUUGAACUUGGGCAUAGAUGGACGGGACGCGAUGGGAGAGAAGUGUUACCUCAUCACACCCCUUCUGAAAGACACAUUACCUUACCCACAAAAUUACUGGGAUGACAUAGCUACCGACACUAAAGUAUAUAUUGACUUUGGCCCUGUGGUUCCAACGUUUGUUUUUGCUCGGCUUGUUUGCCAGUGUACCAGUGAAAGCCAUGUUGAGAUAGGAACGGACGGUCGCUAUCACCUUAACGUGUCUACCUCAAAAGCACUGUUUACUUAUUGUAAUUCUCACAGUUUUAAAAUCGAACUCUUAGACAUUACUGAAAAUGCAUCUCCUGCUCAGCAUUUGUUAAAAAUUGUUGUUCGGGGCUUAGACCAGCGAGCUGGACUUCUAUUGACCCAGAACAUCUGCCAGAAAGUGUGCAAUAUUGUUGAGAGGGACUUCCGGAAGUGCAGAUUUAAAAUUGGGGUCAUGUGUCCGUUUGAAGGGCCACACGACUUUUGCCAGUAUGAGGAGCGUCAUAUAUUUUCUUUAUACGAGAACAUUAAGGGUGAGGGCAACAUGCAUACCAGACAACAGCACGUGCAUCUACCUGAGGACAAGGAAUUUUGGUGCAGGGGCAAUGCUUUCAAGUUUCUUCUCGGCCAGGUUGUUAUUCCUCGUUUCCAAAGAACAACCUCACGGGUAGACCGGCGACGCAGUGCAUUAUGGGAUGUCAAUAUUCUAGACCUUCCACCACGGUUGUUCUCUGAUGUAUGUGACGAUCUUAACUUGUUCAAUGCUCUAGGCAGAGACUGGAGACUUCUCGCCGACAAACUAGGUCGUUCGAUACGUGAUAUUGAACUUCUUCGGUUUAGAAACCCACGUGACCCAUGCGACGCCUUGUUACAAGACUGGGCCGCCACAACAGAAGUUGCGACUGUAGCGACACUUGUGGAGAAACUACGUGAGAUGGAACGUUUUGACGUUGUCAAGAGGAUUGAAGAUUACGUUACCGGCAGCUGAUCACGUUGUGAUUAAAAUGACAUGUUUUCAAGUAUUAGAUUUACCGCGUCAAUUUGAUGUUAGCAGCACAACCAAAGUACCAAACUAUAACUAAGAAUAAUCAUUGUUGAAAAUGCUCGAUAACAAAGUGAUCUGUCCCUUUUAUUUCUAUUGAUGUUUCUAUCGUGUUUAAUUGGUCAUAAUUAAAGUUAUUUUGUAUCGA